GGCGGAAGCGGGUGGGCCGCGCUCCCUGCGGCCCGCCGGCAGCAACCGGGGCGGCCGCGCCGAGGCUCUGUGCCGGAGCCGGUGAUGCCGGUCCCGGAUCAGCGUUGCCCCCGCCGUUCCUCUCCCUCCCUGCGGCGGGCGAGCGCGGCGGCGGCGGGGGGCUGAGGUCUCGGGUCCCAGGGCCGGGCCGCCCGCCGCGCCGCCAUGGUGCUCUGGGGAGCGGUGCUGUGGCGGCGGCUGCUGAGGAAGCGCUGGGUCCUCGGCGUCGUCUUCGGGCUCUCCCUCGUCUACUUCCUCACCAGCACCUUCAAGCAGGAAGAGCGGACAGUGAGAGAUCGGAAUCUCCUUCAAGUGCAAGAGCAUGAGCAGCCGAUCAUGUGGAAGGUGAAGUUCAGUUCGGGAAACAGCAGUCAGCUGAGUAACCAGUGCAGGAAUUCUGUGCAGGGGAAGCUCCUCAUUACAGAUGAACUGGGCUACGUCUGUGAGAGGAAGGACCUACUGGUAAAUGGCUGUUGUAAUGUCAAUGUGCCCAGCACAAAGCUGUACAGCUGUGACAGCUGCCUUCCCAACGGCUGCUGCAGUGUGUACGAAUACUGUGUCUCCUGUUGCCUGCAGCCCAGCAAGCAACAUCUUCUGGAACGUUUCUUGAACCGGGCAGCUAUUGCUUUCCAAAACCUCUUUAUGGCAGUGGAAGAUCGCUUUGAAUUGUGUCUGGCGAAAUGUAGGACUUCAUCACAGAGUGUGCAGCAUGAAAACACCUAUAGGGAUCCAAUUGCAAAAUACUGCUAUGGCGAAUAUCCCCCCGAGCUUCUGCCUGUUUGAAAGCUGCAUGAUCUAAGCAACGAAGGGAAGGAACUGGAGACUAGAAACCAAAAGAGCAAGACGACGGCUGCUGCUUUACAAGAGCCUCAGUGUAAAUGGCUUUUGUUCUUUCUGGGGACAAACCCAGAGGCGCACAGUGUAAGUGGGGGACUUAAGUUCUGUGGGAUGGAAUCUUGCUUUCUUCAGUUUGUUAUGCACCUGCUUGGGAGUACUAGAGUACUAGUACUGUACUGGAGUACUAGUACAUUCUUUGAAUACUUCCUCUAAAUUUUAGGAUGCAUGGAGUUGAUCUAGGCUAUAAAACAUCAUAGGAAAAAUAUCUAACGUAGCUUUGCAGUUCUACCCGGAGGUUCAGUUGUGUCUCUGGACUGCAAGACUUUCCAGAGUGACAGUAAGAAUUGGAGGAUUUUUGCUUUUAGAGAGUAAAGCAUGCCUGUUGCGCUUCUCUCUCUGGAGCGCUUCUUGACAUGCAUGGUGUACGCUACAUAUGUAAUUAUGAAUUAUUUAUUCAUUUUAUAUGGAUUACUAGCUGAAACUAUUGAUGCUUUGCAUAGCUAGUUGUUGAUGCCUUUCAGUCCCUGUUUUGUUAUGUCAGGUAGAAAGGAUAUUUUAGAUCCUGACUAAAAUUGGUUGGUUGUUUUCCUCCUUCGUCUAAAGGAAUUAUAUUGGGAUUUGUCACUAUAGUGCUUAUGUUCCUCUUAGUGAGUUUAAAGCAUUCAGAACUCCAAUGGAGUUGUUAUUCUUUUUAAGUCCCAUAGCAUGAGAAAAGAGCAGGGAUCUGCCUAGGAUGGGAUGUUUAUUGUCCGUAAACUCUUUCCUUGUUACUCUGCAACCGUUUCCUCAAAGAGGAGUCUUAGUCUUGCAGCCAGCUCUCUGCUUGUCCCCUUUCUGACAGGGAGCACUGGAGAUUUGUUUGCUUGAACUUGUUCAGGCCUUCUGUAAUUCAAAUGUACUUCACUCCUGGUUGUGCAGGAGGCAGAAGGGUGGAGUUGUUCUAGGAUUUCAGUUUAAUGAUGUCCUUGUGUAUGAAGUAAUUGGAAUGUCAGAACAUGGUGCAAGCCUCCUCUGAGGACAACUGUGUUGCAUGAGUUCAGUUAAACAGCCAUGAUGUUUUUGAUUUGCUGUUCGACAUACUUGCUACUCUGGAAUUUUGGUCUGAUCAGAAUGGCACUAGAACAGGGUUGGUUCUCCAACAAUUUCUCCUAGUUCUCUAAAGUGGCAAUUUAAACUGUCUCCCUCUUAAGGCCACUGAACAAAGAUGGGUAGAGAACCUGUGAAAUGCUGACCGAACUUGUGCUUGUCCUGCAAGUUGCUGGGCAAAGUCCAAGCACUAGACAAAACCGGGCUGUUCUUUUCUAUAUACAGAGCCUCACUUCUCUUGUUUUUAACUCCAUCCAUCUCCUCCAUGAUUUUGACUUUGUGUAUCCUUGUUUAAACUGAUACUUCCUGUUCCCUGACUCAAAUAAAACAAUCUACAGAGGCUUUAAUAAAAACAAACAAGCACGGUGGUGGAGUAUCUUGGUGCAAAAGAUCUAUAGAAUGCUAUUGGAAUUACAUAUGAUAUAAAAAAAAGUAGUGUUAUCAGCCAUCUGUUAAAAUCCACUUGCAUUGUUUUCAUUGUUCUUUCCCAGAAGUCAUCAAGUGAGAUAAUGGUUCCAUCAGCAGAUUCUCUUGAAAAUCUUGGUUUUUUCCAAAAGCUUAAAAGCUUUAGUGUUAGUAGUUUAUCCAGCUGAAAAUCUGUCUCCCCUUUGCUGCCAUCCUAUGGCAACUUGCUGCAGCAGACAUGAUACAGCGUGAAGAUGCAGUGUGAAACGCUGUCUUCAGAGGGUAGCAGAGGUUACUUCUCUUUUCAGUGUUUAACGGAUUCUUCACCCCUGUUCCAGCACUUUAUAACUGUUUUCCUCAGGGAAGGCCAUCAGGCUGGUCUAUUAUAUCAUUCCUGCUGAGAUGUAUUCUAGCAUUUCAUGGUUUUGCACAACUGCUGAGAUCAAGAUACUGAUAGCUUGCCCUUGCUUUCUUUUUCAACUUGGUAUUAAUUCCUUAGCAGGUGAUACCACCACUUGAAGCAGUAAUUGUAAGAAAUCAUAAGAACCAACCUAAUUCGGACAACGUUAGUGGGAAUUCUUGGCCCCUUUCUCCCCUAGAAAAAUGGGAUGUGAUCAGAAGUGCAUUGUGACCACUGCCCAUUCAAUGGGACAGAAACUGUAUCCUCCCUCCGUGGUUGCUGAGCUGUUCAACUAGUGCCUAUACUGUAUGUUAAAUCAUUAAAAACUUAUUUGUGUUCCAAAAUAUUGCCUGUUCUCAUGUCUUUCCUUGAACUACAAGGCAACUGUACCAAAAUGUAAGUUUGAAGAAUGCAGUGGAGCAUAGAGGGACACUAACUUGAAUAUGCGUAAUAAAGGCAAGCAAGUAGAGGCAAACAGGAGAUCUAUUUCAUGUCAAUCUAAGAAAAAAAGCAUGCUUCUAUCAAUGGUGCAUGGAAAGAUCUGGCCCUUUGCAAAAGUGGAUUGAGCAGGGAAAGGAAAGUAAAUGAUUGCUUCAUGUUGUGAAGAUACAGUGAGAAUGCCAAAUCUGUGCUUGCUGGUAAUACUUCUGUGUGGUUUAAGUGAUGUCCAUCCCUCUAGCAAAAAAGCCUGGUGAUUCUGUGGUUCUUAGUGGCUGUCCGACAUCUCCUUUCUAUUUGUCAGCUAAGAGAUUCAGGUUGUUGACUUCUGUUUGGCAGCAGAUUUAAUGAGAGCACUCAAUGGAGCAACUAGCUCUGCUUAUCUGCACUGAGGUCAAUGCUGGGGAUAAUUGAAGGGGUUCUGUGCUCCUUGCUUUCUGUAGUUUACAAGAAUAUUAUGCUAGUGAAAAAUGACAGCAGCUGACAUCUAAUGAGGAACAGGUACAGUAUUUGGCUGUACCAAUUUGGAAAGAGUAAUUUAUGGCAGAAGGACAAAGCAGUAACUGCAAUCUUAGCUUGAUUUCAACUUGGCUUGCUCUACUGCUCCAUUGGGAUGGUACAUGGAGAAUUGGAUAAAAAUUCUUACUGUAAUGGGCUGGAGUUCUGAAAAAGCAAAAGCAGCCUUCUGGCUUCAGGACAACACUAGACAGUUGAUGAGUUGGGAUCAUGGUUUCUGCAUUCUCAGAAUCUCACUUAUUGUAGUGGCAAUUCUUUCCCUACGGCCAGUCUCAAAAAUUGCAAACGUCCAGGGAUUGGUCCACCAGCAAAGGUUCCGGGAGCGAAAACCGUGGCUUGUUCUCAAGCUUUCUGGGAACCACUUUCCUUGCCCCACAAGCCGUGGGGCACCAGGCUUUCCUAGCCACGUCAGCCUCAAACCCACCUACCCCACUCACUGUGGUGCUGGGCACAAAAAUUGCAAAUGUCCAGGGAUUGCUCCCACAGCGAAGGUGGGGGCCCAUAAACACAUCUCAUGUAUGUGUUCAGGCUCUAAUUGCUGGAGAACUAAGAAACUAUGUUAGUAGUCAAUUUUCAGAAUAUAAAGCAUUAAGCACUGCGAAUCAUAGAAUCUUCAUGGUUGGAAAGGACCUUUGAGAGCACCGAGUCCAACCAUACACACAAAAAAACCAAAACACCCUACAAUCUCUCACUAGAGCACGAAAAUCCUGAACAUGAGUCUUUGUUCUGAUACGCUCUUAAUAAGCAAAUGCUUUUUAAAGUUCCCUUGUCCUUUAGGUGGACAGGCUUGAGCUUUAGGAUUUGCUCUGUCUUGUGCUAGUCCCUUAAAUUGCAAACACACCAGAUCCUUUAACCUAGCACCAUACUGUGAUAUUUCUUCUUCAGUUAUUCUAGUCAAGGAGAGAUGGGGGGUAGGAGGUGAAAAGGAAUUUUCUAACUCGGCAAGUUCCACAACAGAUGGGAGUUCAGCAAAUUAUUGGUGCUUUACUAAGAGUGCUCUGCGUUGCUUUACAACCUGAGGCAAACAACUAACUAUAUGCAGAGGGGGAAAAAUGCCAACUUCAAAACGUGCAGGGAAUGAUGGGAAAGUACUUAGUUCUUAAUUUUUGAUCCGUGUCUAAUUAAACAGGCAGUCCUAUCUAAUGUUUUUGGUCAAAUAAAGUCUGACUUGUAGCAACA